GCCAGAACUAAUGCAGGAAGUGAUUUUGUUCACGGUCUCUCAUCUACAAAUUCUCUUCCUUUCUUUCUCAAAACUCUACAGGGACCUCCAACUUCAGCAAUAGCAAGAAUGCUCCGAUUUCAGGCCGCUCCAGGGCAGUUUGGGGAUGAGAUUAGGCAGCCGGGACUGAGAUGUUGGCGAGUGGAGAAGAUGAAGGCUGUUCCCCUGGAUAAAGCUGAGGUGGGGGCGUUCUUCAAUGGUGACUCCUACCUUGUGCUGGAUAACCGUGGUGACCAGGGUGCAGACCUCCACAUGUGGAUUGGAGAGAAAUCAUCUCGUGACGAGCAGGUAGCUUGUGCCAUGUUGGCUACACAGCUGGAUAACUUCCUGGGAGGAGAUCCAGUCCAGCACAGACAGGUUCAGGGCUAUGAGUCCCCAGAAUUCAUGAACCUCUUCCCUCGAGGAGUUAGCUACAAGGAGGGAGGUGUGGAGUCUGGCUUCAGAAGAACACAGUCUGGAUCUGGACCUGUUCAGAGGUUAUACCAAAUCAAAGGGAAGCGCAACAUCAGAGCCAAGGAAGUGGAUUUGAGCUGGCAGAGCUUUAACAAAGGGGACUGCUUCAUACUGGAUCUGGGCGAGAUAAUUGUGUCAUGGGUAGGAUCUCAGGCAAACAUCUUUGAGAAGCAGAAGGUGCGGGAGAUCGCCACUCUGAUCAGAGAUACAGAGAGACACGGCAAAGCCCAGAUCACUAACAUCAAUGAGGGAGAGGAGACACAGGAAAUGCUACAGGUUCUUGGUCCAGUGACAGAGCUGAAAGAAAGCACUCCAGAGGAAGACAGUCAAGCAGAUGCAUCAAAUUCUGCCUCUCUCUACAAGGUUUCAGAUGCAACAGGGUCAAUGAAGUUGACCAAGGUAUCAGAGAAAAGUCCAUUUGCCAAGGACUUACUGGCACGUGAUGACUGCUUUAUCCUGGACAAUGGGGCCAAUGGAAAGAUCUUUGUUUGGAAAGGAAGUGGAGCGAACGCAGAAGAGAAGAGGGCUGCUCUGAAAAUGGCAGAUGACUUCAUCCAGCAAAUGAACUACCCCAAGAUGAAAACACAGGUGGAGAUUUUACCACAGGGCAGAGAGACUGUUAUCUUUAAACAGUUUUUCCUAAACUGGAAUUAAACCUCAUUUCACUGCAUGAUCAAAGAAUAAACUGCACUCAACCAGUUGUCAAAAAGAUACUGUAAUUCACUUAAAUAAAGUCACAGAGAUAUUACAUUAUAAACAAAUGUACAGUUUUAUUAAAUAAGAUCAUGCGUAUGAAUGAGAGAGGCUUUGCUAUUUGUCUGUUACCAUAUUUGUAUGUAUUUUAAAAGAUGUUUAUAUUGAUCAAUACAAAUUUGAAAAAGUUUUAAAUAUUUCCCCCUUUUUGAUUGAGAAAUCUAUGUUACAGCCUUGACAGCCACGAACCGCUGAGUAGAUGC